UAAUUGAGCGAUGCGAUAUCAUUAAUGACAAGAAUAUUGCUCAAUUCAUAUCAUGACAAAAUUAGAGGGGAAUUGGAACCAAUAGUUCGCACUUUAAUUUACAACUUAUGUAGCAAUUCAGUAAAGGUUCGAAAUUACACUACUGGCCAGGUAAAAAAAAUACUAAGUGCUUCAAAAGGAAUAGAGUUCGUGAAGUUAGCUAUCUAUGAAUUUGGUAAACGCAUUAGUUUAGUCAACAUUGAAAAUGUCGGAGACACUUCAAUUGAUCAAUUUGGAACUCCAACACAAGCGUAUGUAGACGCGUUAGUAUGUUUGACCAGUAUAAACGAUAUUUCGUAUAAUGAAGCUAUGGAUGUUGCUAUGGAACUUUUACUUAUAUCACAUCAUCCUGCAAUUGUAUUGAAUGAGCCAUACUUAUGGGAAAUAACCAUUCAGAGACAUUUUAGUUUAGAUCCAAAACAAUUAAUAUUGGCUAAAAAUAGUGAAAUAGUUAAUAAAUAUAUUAACAAUUUUAUAAGUAAUGCGCAAUACGAAAACACCAUAUCAGUUAUUUGUCCUAAUCCUAUUGUACCAACAGUUGUAAAUCACUUAAAAACUUAUCUGCAUUCUACCAAUUAUCACUCUUCCAAUGAGGAAUAUUUGACAUAUUUGACUCCAGAAGGUGAGUUGUAUGAAAAAAGUGUAAUACCUCAUAUAGACUCACAUGAAACCGUUUGUAAUAAAAGAGAAAAUAAAGUUUACAGUUACAAGUAACAGUUAGAAGAGAUUCAAUUUCGUCGUGAAAUUCUUACAGAGGUUCUUACAGAUCUUUACUUAUACUUGCGCAACCUGUGUUUUACUUUCCAGCCAAAACUUGGACGUGACAUUGCAGUAGCGACAAUCAAGCUUCAAGGCCCGUCAUGCAUUUUAAAAGAGGAAUAUGAAGCUUUAAAUAUAAAGAAAGCUAUUAAUGAUAUUAUAUUCGAUCUUGACAAUCAUGUUAAAUGACAAUCAUGUUAAAUACUUGACCCUCCCUCAUUUUCUUAUGCGUUUGAGUUUCUAAAGCGUGCUCUAUUACUGUUAAAUAAUGAUUCAAGCAAUGAACUUAUUUCGAAAGGCAUACAAAUAAUAGCUAGGCAUACAAAUGACGAGGUUAAAUGUAAGCCGCAGUUUAUGCCUAGAUUUGGUAUGAUUGAAGUUUUGUUAUAUAUUUUUAAAAAUAACAAUAAACUCGCAGCACAAACGACUGAUGCCAUCUUAGAAGUAGCGAAAUCUUCAAAUGAUAGUAUUUCCAAUGCUACCCCGCAUAACCAAAUUAUAGAUAUAUUUCUACACUCCCUGCAAAGUAAUACUGACUCGGUUAGAAAAGUUGCGUUAAAAUCCUUGAAAAUAAUGGUAGAUGGAAUUGUAAAUCACCUUUAAAUUUAUAAUAGUCUCGUUGUAACUCGAUAUUGGAUAGCAAAAUAUGAUACAGAGGUAGAAAAUAGAGAACUGGCCAUCUUUAUUUGGAAUACUACAAACUUUGCCUUACACGGAAUUGACGAUAUAAUUUGUGAUGUCACACACCCCGAACUAUGUGUCCAAAAAUCAGCUUCAGAAAACUUAAGAAAAUGCCUAAUAAAGCAAUUAUUUUCAAUUUACAAUGAUAAAUUUGACCGUGAAAUUGAGCCUGCUACAGAUCAAUGGAAACAUCGAAGGGGUGUUGCCAUUUCAUUCUCCACUAUCGCUCCAUUAUUAUCUAUUGAUGACAUUGAUGUUAUUAUGAAUUUUAAGGUAUCACACGUGCUUGGUGACAGAGUCGAUAUCGUACACAAAUAAAUGUUAGCAGCUGCAUUAAAGAUAGUUGAUUUACACGGAAAUAAAACAAUAGUGAAUUUGUUACCUGUAUUUGAAGAUUUUCUCGAUAAAGCGCCAAAAUCUCAAAGUUAUGAUAAUAUUCGCCAAGCUGUUGUUAUUCUGAUGGGUUCGUUAGCACGACAUUUGAAAAAGGAUGACAAGCGAAUUGAUCCUAUUGUUAAAAGAUUAUUAACAGCAUUGUCUACUCCGUCCCAACAAGUUCAGGAAACGGUCUCGAACUGUUUACCCCAUCUUAUGCCAUCCGUGAAAGAGGAAGCCCCCGCAAUGAUCAAAAAAUUAUUACACUCAUUGGCAAAGUCCGACAAACACGGCGAGAGACGCGGAGCUGCCUAUGGUAUCGCCGGCAUAGUUAAAGGUCUUGGUAUUUUAUCCCUUAAACAAUUAGAUAUAAUGUCGAAACUGAUAGCUUAUAUUCGAAAAAAAAAUUAUAGAUCCAGAGAGGGAGCUUUGUUCGCUUUUGAAGUUUUAUGCACUACACUUGGUCAUCUAUUUGAACCUUAUAUAGUUCAUGUGUUACCACACUUGUUGCAAUGCUUUGGUGAUCCCUCCCUAACAGCCUCUGUUGAAUUAUUAGGGGCAAUGGCAUUCUGUGCACCGAAGUAACUGUCUUCUUGUCUUCCUAGUAUAGUGCCGAAACUAAUUGAAGUCUUGGGAGAUUCCCACACUAAAGUUCAAGAAUCAGGUGCGGAGGCUCUGAAAGUAAUUGGGUCCGUUGUUAAAAAUCCUGAAAUUCAAGCUAUUGUUGCCGUGCUUUUGGAUGCGUUGGAGGAUCCCUCUUAUAAUACUUCUACAUGUCUUCAAAGCUUACUAAAAACUAAAUUUAUACAUUUUAUUGAUGCACCGUCUUUAGCAUUAAUAAUGCCAGUGGUGCAAAGUGCUUUCAUGAACCGAUCUACAGAAACUAGAAAAAUGGCCGCACAAAUAAUAGGAAAUAUGUAUUCUCUAACGGAACAAAAAGAUCUAACACCGUACUUACCAAGUAUAAUUCCUGGCCUUAAAUCAUCCUUAUUAGAUCCAGUCCCUGAAGUGCGUGCUGUAUCAGCUUGAGCACUCGGUGCUAUGUUGAAGGGUAUGGGUGAAAGUUCAUUUGAAAAUUUAUUACCGUGGCUUAUGGAAACAUUAACUUCCGAGUCUAGCAGUGUGGAUCGCAGUGGAGCAGCACAGGGCCUAUCCGAGGUAGUUGAAGGACUUGGUGUCAAGAAAAUACAUAAACUUAUGCCAGAAAUAAUUUCGACAGCAGAACGAUUAGACAUUGCUCCACAUGUGAAGGAUGGAUACAUAAUCAUGUUUAUAUACAUGCCUUGCGCAUUUCCAGAAGCAUUUACGCCAUAUAUAGGGCAAAUUAUCAAAGUGAUGUUUCGUUAA